AUGUGUAAUAAUGUUAAUAUCGAAACACAAUUACGAAGAUUCAUUAGACACUAUACCGAAACAAUUAAUCUAGAAAAGUUCAUUUUUCUUAAUAGGAACGUUAAAUAUGAUAAAUUAAGUAUAGAUUGGGCUGUUACGUUUGAAUAUUUGAAAGAAAAGGAAAAGGCUCUGACAACUUCUUUUUGGACUUCAAAGAAAAGGAGAAAAAAGAUACAAAGGAUAAUAGAAGAAAUUCCAACAAUAGAACAAUGUAAGAAAUCAAAUUUUGAUAUAUACAAAAAUUGGAAAUGUGUACGUUGUGGAAGAAAAAGAGAGACAUUCCACCAUGUGUGGUUAUGUAAUUCGGAAAAUAAAAAAAUGAAAAAAAUUAUUAAAGAUGCUUUUGAUCUUAUGGUUAAUGAAAUCAAAAGUAUAGACAAAUACACAUUAGAUGAAGGAAAUUUCUAUGAUUAUGUUUGGAAUGAAACAUUUUCAAAAUUAUUUUAUAGUAAAACACAGUUUACCUUUAUAGAUAUUAUUAAAGGUAUAUUUCCUUUGGGGUUAACUGAAUAUUUAACAUUAAAGGUUAAAAUGAAUCUAAAAGAUCGAAAUACAAUUAGCGUCUUAUUUUUAGAUUUUAUAUACGAUGAAACUAAAUUGAUUUGGUAUGAACGUUGUAAUCGACAAAUUGAGAAAGAAAAGAAAUUAAGAAUAAAUAGAAAAAGGAAGUUUAUGAGGAAUAAAAGUAUUAAUGGAAGAUUAGAAGAUAGAAGAUUACCUAUAAGAAACCCUAAAAUUAAGGCUGAAGGGCUUCUGCGUGGUAUAUAUUUUAAUCAGAAAACGUUGGAUUUUAUAAUACAUGUGAUCCUGAUCAUUAGUUACUGA